AAUGAGAGAGCACUGCUAGGAGGAGGCAGGAAAUAAGGGAAUGACUGGUGGGUGUGACUCUGUAGCAUCCCGGAAUCCUUAUGUGCUCUCUGUCUAUCCAAAACAGAUCUUGACCUCUUCCCAAACACUCCUCAUGCCUCAUUUGCCUCUGGCUUCUUUUCGACCACCACUGUGGGGCCUGAGGCCCUCAUGGGGCCUCCCUAGGCCCCAUUCCCUUUCUACACAGUCAGAGCCCUAUGGAUCUUCCCUUUCCCGGAGGAACCGUGAAGCCAAACAGAAGCGUCUGCGGGAGAAGCAGGCGGCUCUGGAGGCUGGACUUGCAGGGAAGAGCAAGUCAUCUGCAGAAUCCACUAAAGCCUGGAGUCCUAAAGAGAUACUAUUGUAUGAAAUCCCUACAAAACCUGGUGAAAAGAAAGAUGUUUCUGGGCCUCUGCCUCCUGCUUACAGCCCACGAUAUGUUGAGGCUGCCUGGUACCCGUGGUGGGUGCGAGAGGGCUUCUUCAAACCAGAAUACCAGGCACAACUGCCCCAGGCUACAGGGGAGACCUUUUCCAUGUGUAUCCCACCUCCCAAUGUCACUGGUUCCCUGCACAUCGGCCAUGCACUCACAGUGGCCAUACAGGAUGCCCUCGUGCGCUGGCACCGGAUGCGGGGAGAUCAAGUGCUGUGGGUUCCUGGCUCAGAUCAUGCAGGAAUUGCUACACAAGCUGUGGUGGAGAAACAACUGUGGAAGGAGCAGGGAGUGAGGAGACACGAGCUGAGCCGAGAAGACUUCCUUAGGGUGGUGUGGCAGUGGAAGGAGGCGAAAGGAGGAGAGAUUUAUGAGCAGCUGCGUGCUCUGGGUGCCUCCCUGGAUUGGGAUCGAGAGUGUUUUACCAUGGAUGCUGGCUCCUCAGUGGCUGUGACCGAAGCUUUUGUGCGACUCUACAAUGCAGGAUUGUUGUACCGGAACUGUCAGCUUGUCAACUGGUCGUGUGCUUUAAGAUCAGCUAUCUCGGAUAUUGAGGUAGAGAGUCGGUCCCUCCCAGGCCGCACGGAGCUCCGACUGCCCGGCUGCCCCACUCCUGUGUCUUUUGGUCUCCUUGUUUUUGUCGCCUUCCCUGUGGAUGGAGAGGCUGAUGCAGAGGUCAUAGUAGGAACCACGAGGCCAGAGACAUUGCCUGGAGAUGUGGCUGUGGCCAUUCACCCUGAGGACUCCAGAUACACACAUCUACAUGGACGACAGCUUCGCCAUCCCUUGACAGGACAUCUUCUUCCCCUCAUCACAGACACUGCUGUUCAGCCACAUAUGGGCACAGGGGCAGUGAAGGUGACUCCUGCUCAUAGUCCUGCUGAUGCUGAGAUGGGGGCCCGACAUGGCUUGAGUCCCUUGAGUGUCAUUGCGGAGGAUGGGACCAUGACUUCUCUCUGUGGGGACUGGCUGCAGGGUCUUCACCGAUUUGUGGCCCGGGAAAAGAUUAUGUCUGCGUUGAGGGAGCGGGGCCUGUUCCGGGGUCUCCAGGAACACCCCAUGGUGUUGCCAAUCUGCAGCCGUUCUGGGGACGUGGUAGAAUACCUACUCAAGAGCCAGUGGUUUGUCCGCUGCCGGGAAAUGGGGGACCGAGCUGCCAAGGCUGUGGAGUCAGGGGCCCUGGAGCUGUCUCCCUCCUUCCACCAGAAGAGCUGGCAGCAUUGGUUUGCCCACAUUGGAGACUGGUGUGUUUCCCGGCAGCUGUGGUGGGGUCAUCAGAUUCCAGCCUACUUGGUCAUCGGGGAGCAUGUGAAGGAUGACAGGGAGGACUGUUGGGUGGUUGCACGUUCAGAGGCUGAGGCCAGAGAGGUAGCAGCAGAACUGACAGGGAGACCAGGCGCAGAGCUGACCCUGGAGAGGGACCCCGAUGUCCUGGACACGUGGUUCUCUUCAGCUCUUUUCCCUUUUUCUGCCCUGGGCUGGCCCCAAGAGACCCCAGACCUUGCUCGUUUCUACCCACUGUCGCUUUUGGAAACCGGCAGUGAUCUCCUGCUGUUCUGGGUGGGCCGCAUGGUCAUGCUGGGGACCCAGCUCACUGGGCAGCUCCCCUUCAGCAGGGUACUUCUUCAUUCCAUGGUUCGGGACAGGCAGGGCAGGAAAAUGAGCAAGUCCCUGGGGAAUGUUCUGGACCCACGGGACAUCAUCAGUGGGGUGGAGCUACAGGUGCUACAGGAGAAGCUGAGAGAUGGGAACUUGGAUCCUGCAGAGCUGGCCAUUGCAGCUGCAGCACAGAAAAAGGACUUUCCUCAUGGGAUCCCUGAGUGUGGGACAGAUGCCCUGAGAUUUGCACUGUGCUCCCAUGGAGCCCUGGGGGGCGACCUGCACCUGUCUGUCUCUGAGGUCCUAAGCUGCCGCCAUUUCUGCAACAAGAUCUGGAAUGCCCUGCGCUUUAUCCUCAAUGCCCUAGGGGAGAACUUUGUACCUCAGCCUGCAGAGCAUAUCUCUCCCUCCUCUCCCAUGGACACCUGGAUGCUCAGCCGCCUGGCCCUUUCUGCCCAGGAGUGUGAGCGGGGUUUCCUCACGAGGGAGCUCUCACUCGUCACUCACACCCUGCACCACUUCUGGCUCCAUGACCUCUGUGAUGUCUACCUGGAAGCUGUGAAGCCAGUGCUGUCACACAUACCCCGCCCCUCAGAGCCUCCUCAGGUCCUGUUCUCCUGCGCAGAUGUUGGUCUCCGCCUCCUUGCCCCACUGAUGCCCUUCCUGGCUGAAGAGCUCUGGCAGAGGCUGCCUCCCAGGGUUGGCAGUCCCCCUCCCCCCAGUGUCUCUGUGGCCCCUUACCCCAGUGCCUGCAGUUUGGAACACUGGCGCCAGCCCGAAAUUGAGCAACAUUUCUCCAAGGUGCAGGAUGCUGUGCAGGUGCUGAGGGCUCUCCGAGCCACCUACCAGCUCACCAAAGCCCGGCCUCGAGUGCUGCUGCAGAGCUCGGAGCCAGGGGAGCAGGGUCUCUUCCAGGCCUUCCUGGAGCCCCUGGGCACCCUGGGCCAUUGUGGGGCUGUUGGUCUCCUACCACCAGAUGCAGCGGCUCCCUCUGGCUGGGCCCAGGCCCCACUCAGUAACACCAUCCAGGUCUACAUGGAGCUUCAGGGCCUGGUGGACCCCCAGACCCAGUUACCUCUGCUAGCUGCCCGAAGGCACAAGUUGCAAAAGCAGUUUGAUGGCCUCAUGGCCCGGACCCCAUCAGAAGGGGAGGCAGAGACCCAGAGGCAGCGAAGGCUUUCCUCCCUCCGCCUGGAAUUGUCAAAACUGGACCAGGCAGCCUCUCACCUCCAGCAGCUGAUGAAUGAGUCUCCUAGCCCCAGGAGCUCUGAGCUCUAACUCACCAGCCCUUCAGUCCUUCUUCCUAGACAUGUAUCUGGGGACAGCAGAUCUGUCAGUGGUUAGGGUCUGAUGGGAACUCAGACUAGUGGUCCACCUUUCUCAUUUUGUAAACGAGGAAGCAGACUGGCCUGGUCACCAUGACUGGUAUCUCAAGAUGCACGGGUUACCCCCUGAGCCUUACACUUGCUCAGGGUUAUCCAGGACAUUUGGGAAUGAGGAAUUCAGAUAAACUUUUAAAAUCUCAAGAGUUAGAUAGCAGUGGCACAUACCUGUAAUCCCAGUUACUGGGGAGGCUGAGGU